GGGCCUGGCAUAGUGAGACCAACUCCAGUGCUGUGGCGAGCAUCGAGGUGUGCGCGCUUGUUGUCCUCCUGUCGACACAAGCUACAGGUAGAGAGAGCAGAAGGUGGUAAGCAAGAAUGCGAGCGGCCGGCAGAAUAUCCCGCGAAGAUCGCUGAAGCCGCCAUUUUGUAAGCGCGCCCGGCCAUCUCGUCGUGACGGGCGGGACGUUCGAACGAUGUGAGGAAUGUGUGCGCAAAAAUGCGCUUUAGUGCAAUGUGCGUGUAAUGUAGCGCCGUCCGCUUUUACAAACAAAUAAAUUCCAUCAUCUCGGUCUCACGAUUACGAGGUACUUUACCAUUCGUAGGGAGAUAAGGGAAGAUGGAGGAACUGGAGAUGUGCUACGGUCCAGGGAGUAUAGCCGGUGCCGUCAUCGGAACCUUCCUCACAACCUCUUUGCUCAUUGGUAUCGCUGCGCUUCUCUACAAGCAGUGGCGCAGAAAUAAGGGCAAACAUCUGGUGCUGGUGACAGACCCGGAAAUCGUCGAAGAGGCCUACGCCUUUGACAAUCCUUGCUUUAAAGAUACCACGCCAGCAGUGGGUCGCAGCCUAGAGCGACCGAACCUCGCCGGCCAGACGGAGACGACGCCUACUGCCAAGGACGCCGGGCGCUGGUCGACAGCCUGGUCGAACAUAGGCCGCAGCGAGAAAAGACGCACCCUCGACGACUCCUGCCUCGGGAUGCCCAAGGCCACGAAGGUGAGUGUUGUUGGGUUGAGAAGCCGGGAUUUCACGGGUCUUGGCUUCAACGUCUGUGGUAAUAUGCGCGAGGGCAUCUUCGUCAAGGAUCUACUGCAUCGUGGCCCUGCUUCCGAAUCUGGGCACAUACAUCCAGGUGACCGUAUUAGCAGCGUAAAGAUCAGCUUCCGCUCGAUGGUUUACGAGGAUGCACUAACGAUCCUCAGCUACGCAUCGCCCUAUGAUGUGGAGCUCGAGGUGGAAAACGGCGGCGGCUCGGGCUCGAAGCCAGCGACUCUCUUAAAAAAGAGUGUUGGUCCAAGUCCCGCGCACAUCUGCCACCCGCUCUACCGCAGCCAAUCUAUACCCGAUUUAUCGCAGGAACGUUCCGGGGGACGCAAGUAUCUGGCCUCCAAGCGCCUCUUCACCGCGGAUCUAAACGACUCGACCAUAAAGUCCACCAAGUCAACACCAGGUAGUCAAAGCCUAGAGCGCCGACAUGAGGAAAUAGUUAACAAGAACAGCUAUCAUCAUCACAACCACCAGCAUCAGCAGCACCAGCAGCCCAAAUUUGGAAUAAGGGUGCUACCAGCCCUUGACGGUACAGUCUAUCGCGUGGAAAACCAGAACGAGCACAACACCAACUUGGAGAGGCGCCACUCGCGAAAGCUCGAGUUCGCCGAAAAGAGACUUCCGUUCGAUGAUGUUAUCGUUACCGAGAGCAUACAGCAGCGCAGCGCCUCAACACCCAAGAGGAUUAUACCCGUGUUUGAUGGCAAUGGGCUUGAUGUGCCUGAUCACAACGCCGAACUUGUUAAGGUUGACGUGGUGAAGCAACUUUCAGUGGUAAUACCAUCGGAGGUGCCGCAGGAGGUCCAUAACGCAGCGAUGGCUGCGCGACGCAAUCGCAAGAGCUCAAACUCAGAGUUAAUGCAGCAACAGCAGCAGCAGCAACACGAGGCACAGCUGACUGAGUCGACGGACGUAAAUGAGGCCAAGAGUCCUCAAAAGAGUAAAAGAAAGGCACCGGCACCACCUGGCUGGAUGAACGAGGAUGGAAAACUGGCAGAGGAGGCGAAACCAUCGGUCGAGACGCAGAAAAGUUUAACGAUGAUCGAAUUGAAUCCCGCCGACAUCACGGUGCACCAUAGCCCAGUUCCAGAUACUUCAACCAAUGAUACUGAAUACGAUGAUAAUGACGACGUAUACCGUAAAGCCGCGAGUCUUGGUGAUUUAUCCAAGUACGAAAGUAAAACUUCGACGACGCUCGAACGGGCCCAGAGUUUGGACAUGACGGAUUCUGGCUCGAAAAAGCGCAAAGCACCGAUGCCACCACCUGAAGAUAUAAACGAAUCCACGGAAGAUUUGACGAAGCUCGAUCAGAUCGAGACCUUCGACCGUAGGAAGUUAAAAAAGUCCAGCGAAUGGGGCACCCUUGAAGACGCCAUUUGGAGUACGCCUCCAGUAGAUUCUUUAGAAAAUAGACUUCCUAGGGCGAAGAGUAAUAAUAGUAGUGGCGGUACCCUAGAAAGAUCCAAAUCAAAUGUCGAGAUCAAGAUUAUCAAUGACGGGGAUGAUAGGUUGUCCAUCGCAGAACGCCUUAAUGUCUCGGAUGAUGCGACGGAUACCAGCUUAGAGCUAUAUAAUCUUCCUCUUAGUAAGAAGCUAUCCGAGGAAAUUAUCAAAGCAGAACGUCUCUUUGAUCCGAACGAGGACAAUGCUUUAGCGAGAAUAGUUAAUGACGGCAAAGUCGUGAAGACAUCCACAGCCAAACAGAUAGACCUGGAUUUCCGUAAAGCUCAUCCUCCAUUGCAGCAUAUCGACGAAAGCGAUGACAAGGAAGAGUUGGAGAAAGAGUGCGUAACAAUGAAAAAAACGCCAGAAACGAUGGAAGCCUUCGAACAGGCAGUUCUCUAUUUCGAUAAUCACGCAAUGAGCUCGCCUUUGUCGACCGAAUUUAAGGUCAAUCGUUCAGAGCCGCCCUUAGAGCUUUAUACCGGCAAGAAAGAAGUGAUUGAGGAGCCCAUAACGAAAGUCAUAGUAACGCUCAGUCCGUGCCCAGGCUGCGAGAAUCGACAUGGCAACCAUAGCAAUACCUGCACGAAAAAUAAAACGGACGACACCACGGAGGUCUCAUAUCACCGAACCAUCCGAGUCGAAGAAGUCAAGAAGGACGAAACGGAACAUCAAACAGAUCACGAUAGACUUAACGACACUUUCGAAACGCACUUUGCCAAACCAGUUGUGAGUGUAGGCGACAUUAGUGCUAAGAGCGACGCUGAAAACGAUGAGGACAGUACGAGCUACGGGCCAAUGAUGAUCGUAAAUAGUAAAGAUCUGUCUUCACUCGCAAUUGAUAAGCGUAAUGUUAGUAACGUGAGUGUAUCGAGUGGCGAAAGUUGCGACGACUUUGAACGUCACUUGUUGGACAAACGAAGAGCCUCGGAUGACGCCGGUGCUGGGAACGACUCGCCGCAGAAGCUCGCUUACGUUACAGAGAUCAAGGUGUCUCCGACGAGUCGUGAAAAUAAUGGCGGCGGUUCGAACAGGGACGGCGAUCCCUCUAGCGACAACGAUGAAGUGGCCUCGAUUAUGGAUACUGACAAGAACACAUCGUCUCCGGUUACCCUGAAUGUCCGAUCCAACGGUAAACUUCCAGCAGGGAAAAAGCCGCCAGUGCCGCCGAGGCGUUCCGACGUAACGCGAUUUGUGCCGAGGAACGAGGCCGCGCUACCUGACAGACAAGUGGUCUAUGUCUCGGAGUACAAGUCGUCUCCAAAGGAAGACAAAGGCGACGAAAUGAUAAAAUUUGAGAAUUGGAUAUUCUUGAAAGACACCAGCAAAGAUAAGCAGCAAGAGGUGAAUACAUGGAGCAACGGCUCCAGUCCCUUGCAGCCGGUCACGAACAUCGUUCUGUCUUCUUCGGCUGAUGAGAAGAUUGUCCGUGAGUGAAGGAUGUUGAAUUGAAAAUGCGAAAAGCUAAUAAUAGAAAACAAGAAGCCACGCGGAAGCAAAUCUUCGCGAAAUCACAUAAUUUGUAAAAACGAUAAUUCUUUCGUAGAAUGAUUGGAUAUUUUAGUUGGACACUCUGUAUAAAUUACAAUAUCGUGUUUUCGAGUUACCGAUGCUUACGACACCCUCCAAACUCUACCUUUAUCAAAGUACCGAUUCACUGACCUUAUGUUAAACGUCAAAGUGCAAUAAUUUAUUGUUAUUUAAGUCAUGUUUAUGGAAAAAAAUUAUUUUAAAAAGCUACUACAAUAGAUUGAGACGACUUAAAACAUUAU